UCGUCCUGAUCGGGGAGUCUGGGGUGGGCAAAACCAACCUGCUCUCCCGCUUCACCCGCAAUGAGUUCAACCACGACAGCCGCACCACCAUUGGCGUGGAGUUCUCCACCCGCACUGUCCUGGUGGGCGACGCCAUGGUGAAGGCUCAGAUCUGGGACACGGCCGGGCUGGAGCGGUACCGCGCCAUCACCUCCGCGUAUUACCGGGGGGCCGUGGACAACAACGGGCUGCUGUUUGUCGAGACCUCGGCGCUGGACUCCACCAACGUCGAGCAGGCGUUCGAGACCAUCCUGAAGG